GCGAAACAGUGUCGAACUUAAAGAGCGACUAACGUGACGUGUCGUUGUCAGCGACGAGCGCGCCUGAAUUUUUUUUAUUAUUUUUGCCAACUUCCUACUAUAUACAAACACAGCAGGCAAAACCAACAACAACGAGAAAUAAAACAAGCAAAAGGCAAACCAAACGAUACGAAUGCCGAAGCAAAGCGUGUGUGUAACAUAAAUGCAAAACGUGCAAAUCAAGCAAAGUGUGCAAAAUAAGCAAGCAAAAAAAAAAAAAAAGAGAGAGGAGGGAAAACAUAAAUACAAAACACAAAACAGUCGUGUCGGCAAACAACGAGAAAAUACGGCAGAGAGAGAGAGAGUGCAAAUAAAUCGAGAGAACGCCGGUCGAGCACUCACACUUGUACAUUUACACUCUCAUAGCGAGAGAGCGCGAGAGAGUUCUAGCAAUAACGCUGCUGCUAUGGCAGCUGAUUUUUAAAAUUUUGCCGGUAAGCGUGUCAGCUGUUUAACGACGGCGACUGCGACAUCGACGUCAGCGUCAAAGUUAGCGGCAGCAGCAGCAGCAGCGACGUUUUCUCACUGUUACGUUGCCAUGUUAGCCACGGCAGCAACAACGACAACAGCAGCAGCCUCUGCGAGUAACGCCGCACGCAAACGCAGCCGCAGCACCAGCAACAACAACAGCAGCAAGAGAAGCGCCGGCAGCGGCGCCGCUGGUCGCAAGCUAACCAAGAGCAUGUCCGCCGGCGCUCAAUUGCAGAUGGCCCCACAGACCACAUCGACCCUAAGUCAUCAUCAUCCGAGCAGUCAAGCAGCACAGCAACAGCAACAACAACAGCAGCAACAGCAGCCGCAGCCACAGCAGCAACAUUUUGCCAAUCAUCACAGUACGCAGGCGCAACAGCAACAGCAACUGUUGCCACAGCAGCUAACGCAGCAGCAGCACUUGCAGACGCACACGUUGCAUCUGCAGCAGCUCACCACACAGGCGGCGGCAGCAGCGGCAGCAGCAGCGGCGGCUUUAGCACAGCAGCAACAGCAACAACAGCAGCAGCAACAGUCGCUGCAUCACAGUGCACUGCCGCCACAGCAUCCACAGCAGCUGCAACAUUUGCAUCCACAGCAUCCACACGCAGCGCUGCACCAGCAGCAGCAGCAGCAACAACAGCCGCACGGCGCUGCUGGCGGACACAGCAGCAAUCCGGACUCGAAUAUGAGCACUGGUUCCUCGCACAGUGAAAAGGAUGUCAACGAUAUGCUAGGACUCGGCAGCCUCCAGCAGCAGCAGCAGCAGCUGAAUCCCGGAUUGCACUCGAACAACGGCGCCUCCAUGCUCGACAUGCUCAAUGUCCAGCAACAGCAGCAGCAGCAGCAACAACAGCAGCAGCAGCAACUGAAUAGCACAGGGCCGGGCAGUGGACCCGGACCCGGACCUGGACCCGGCCCAGGACCAGGUCCCGCCACCAAUGCCAGCGGGAAGCAGCCGCGCACGCCCGCGGAGCGCAAACGGAAACGCAAAAUGCCCAACAAUUCGGACGAGACGGGCAACGGAGGAGGAGGAGGCAGCAGCAGCAGCGGCAUUGUCAGCGGGCUGAAGGUGGGCAAGUCGCUGGCAUUCCGGGACAGCGCCAUGUCGAAGGCGGGUGGCGGCAGCCUGCCGCUGACUCUGGGCGGCGAUCGCUGCGCCCUGCCCAGUGGCGGUGGUGGCAGCGGCGGGGGAUCGGGCAGUGUCAGUGGCUCCGGGGCGGGCGCUGGGGGCAAGAGCGCGCGCCUCCUGCUGCCGGGCGCUAGCGACAACAAGAAGAUCAACGAUUACUUCAACAAGCAGCAACAGCAGCAGUCCGGCGGCAACUCGAGUCUGCGGCCACACACGGGCAGCAAAUCGCCCUCUUCGGCCACGCAGCAGCAGCAGCAGGUGCAGCAAGUGCAGCAAGUGCAGCAGGUGCAGCAGCAGCAGGUGAACAGCCAGGUGCAGACGUCGAGCGCGUACUCCAUACACGGCUAUCAUUCAACUAGUCCACAGACGCAGUCCCAGCCCGGCCAGCAGCAGGUGCAGCAGGCGGGCGCCGACUUUCAUUUCGUUAGCUCGGCGGCGGCGGCGGCAGCAGCGGCGGCGGCAGCGGCCAAACAGCAGCAGCAACAGCAGCAGCAGCAGCGCCAGCAGCAGCAGCAACAACAACAGACUUCCAAUGCAAUGGUUCCUCAGCAGACGCAAAUGGGUGUGCCCAUGUCGCAUGUGGGCGUGGCGCACGGCGUACUCAAUGCCGCCAGUUUGGGUCUGGGCGUGGGCUCACAGGCGGCGCAGCAGCAGCAGCAGCAACAGCAACAACAGCAGCAGCAGCAACAGUUGCCCGUGACCACAUCGGCGGCCAGUGUGGCCGUGGUGCCCACGCAUCAGCAGCUGAGCACGCUCAGCACUCUGGGCACGCUCAAUGUGGGCGUGGGCGUCAAUGUGGGUGUGGUCGGCGGACUACCACCGCCGCCGCCGCCGAUGCCGCUGUCAAUGCCAGCGGCCAUCAUGACGUACACGAAGAGCACCCAGACGGAGGUGUCGCAGCUGGAGCUGCAGGAGCGGGAGGCGGAGCACGAGUCGGGCAAGGUGAAGCUGGACGAGAUGACGCGGCUGUCGGACGAACAGAAGUGCCAGAUCAUGAGCCACCAGAAGUCGAUCGAGCAGCACAAGUCGCACAUCGCCAAGUGCAUCGAUGUGGUGAAGAAGCUGCUCAAGGAGAAGAGCAGCAUCGAGAAGAAGGAGGCGCGCCAGAAGUGCAUGCAGAAUCGCCUACGAUUGGGUCAGUUUGUGACGCAGCGCGUCGGCGCCACAUUCCAGGAGAACUGGACGGACGGCUAUGCGUUCCAGGAGCUCAGCCGGCGGCAGGAGGAGAUAACGGCCGAGCGCGAGGAGAUCGAUCGCCAGAAGAAGCAGCUGAUGAAGAAGCGUCCGGCCGAGUCUGGGCGAAAGCGCAACAACAACAGCAACCAGCAGAACAACCAGCAUCAGCACCAGCACCAACACCAGCACCAGCAGCAACAGCAACAGAACUCCAACUCCAAUGACUCCUCCCAGCUGACGGAUCGGCUGGGCGGCAACGCCGGCGCCGGCAGCCUGGACAGCGGCAUCGCUGUCGGCAACGCCGCCGUCAAUACGACUGGCGCCGGCGGCGUUGGCGUUGGCGCUGGCAGCGGCGCCGUUGUGGUCGUCUCCUGCGGCCGUGGUCUCUCCCGCUCCAAUUCGACGCAGGCGCAGCAGGCGCAACUGCUCCACAAUGGAGGCGGCGGCGCUGGCGGUGGCGUUGGCGGAGCUGGCGGUGCAGGAGGAUCCGGCGGCAAUGUCGGUAGCGCUGGUGGCGGCGGCGGCGGCGUCAGCGAUCGGUUAUCGGAUCGCGGCGGCGGCGGUGCCGGCGGCGCUGGCAGCGGAACUGGCGCAGGCGGCGGCGGCGGCGGUGGCGGCAUCGGCGGCAACGACAGCGGCAGCUGCUCCGACUCGGGCACGUUCCUCAAGCCGGAUCCGGUGUCGGGCGCGUACACGGCGCAGGAGUAUUACGAAUACGACGAGAUACUCAAGCUGCGACAGAACGCACUCAAGAAGGAGGACGCCGAUCUGCAGCUGGAGAUGGAGAAGCUUGAGCGCGAACGCAAUCUCCACAUACGCGAGCUCAAGCGCAUACUCAACGAAGAUCAGUCCCGCUUUAACAAUCAUCCCGUGCUGAACGAUCGCUAUCUGCUGCUGAUGCUGUUGGGCAAGGGCGGCUUCUCCGAGGUGCACAAGGCCUUUGACCUCAAGGAGCAACGCUAUGUCGCAUGUAAGGUGCACCAAUUAAACAAGGAUUGGAAGGAGGAUAAGAAAGCUAAUUAUAUCAAACACGCAUUGCGGGAGUACAACAUACACAAGGCGCUGGAUCAUCCGCGCGUGGUGAAGCUCUAUGAUGUCUUUGAGAUCGAUGCGAAUUCGUUUUGCACCGUGCUGGAGUAUUGUGAUGGACACGAUCUCGACUUUUAUCUGAAGCAGCAUAAGACUAUACCCGAGCGUGAGGCGCGCUCGAUCAUAAUGCAGGUUGUAUCUGCACUCAAGUAUCUAAAUGAGAUUAAACCGCCUGUCAUCCAUUACGAUCUGAAGCCGGGCAACAUCCUGUUGACCGAGGGCAAUGUCUGUGGCGAGAUCAAAAUCACCGAUUUCGGUCUGUCCAAGGUGAUGGACGACGAGAACUAUAAUCCGGAUCAUGGCAUGGAUCUGACAUCGCAGGGCGCGGGAACCUAUUGGUAUCUGCCGCCGGAAUGCUUUGUGGUUGGCAAGAAUCCACCGAAAAUCUCAUCGAAAGUGGACGUUUGGAGUGUGGGCGUGAUAUUCUAUCAGUGUUUAUAUGGAAAGAAGCCGUUCGGCCACAAUCAAUCGCAGGCCACAAUUCUCGAGGAGAAUACCAUACUGAAGGCCACCGAAGUGCAGUUCUCCAACAAGCCAACUGUGUCCAACGAGGCAAAGAGUUUCAUUCGCGGCUGUUUGGCCUACCGCAAGGAGGAUCGCAUGGAUGUGUUUGCACUGGCCAGGCACGAGUAUAUACAGCCGCCCAUACCGAAACACGGUCGGGGCUCGCUGAAUCAGCAGCAGGCGCAACAGCAGCAGCAACAACAGCAGCAGCAACAGCAACAACAGUCGUCUACGUCGCAGGCCAAUUCGGCGGGGCAAACCUCGUUCUCAGCCCACAUGUUUGGCAAUAUGAAUCAGUCCAGCUCGUCCUAGCUGCCAACUAAACGCAAUUCCAAUUCAUAAUUCGCCGCCGCAGCAGCAGCUGCUAGCCACCAGCAACAGCAACAGCAGCAGCAACAACAACAGCAACAACAACAGCAA